AUGGCUUCUCAAGACCCAAUGCCCCGCUCGGCUCAAGAGUGGCGUGAGCACGGCGCAACUACUUUUGUUCACAAGAAAGUAGACUCUCAAGGAAAAGUUCACACCGUCACUGUCAAAAAGGGCGUUAACAGCUUCAACUUUGGUCGCACUCUAGGUAUUGGCUCCUAUUCUACUGUCGUAUGUGCCACAGACAAAGAGACUCGCAGGGAAUAUGCGAUUAAGAUUCUUAACAAGCUUCAUAUUAUCAAGGAAAAAAAGGUCAAAUAUGUUGAAAUUGAAAAACAAACUCUUAACCGUUUAGGUAAUUUCCCAGGAGUUAUCCCUCUUUACUACACUUUCCAAGAUGAGCAGUCCCUCUACUUUGUGCUCGAUUUUGCAGCAAACGGUGAGCUUCUUUCUCUCAUCAAGCGCUUGGGAUCGCUCUCUGAAGAAUGCGUCCGAUAUUAUGGCGCCCAACUGCUUGAUGCUGUUGAUUUUAUGCAUUCGCGUGGUGUCCUGCAUCGAGACCUGAAGCCUGAAAAUAUUCUUCUCGACAAGUACAUGCGCAUUAAAGUUACCGAUUUUGGCACUGCUUAUCUUGUCAACCACGAGCGCGAUGCUGAUGGAAAUGAAUUGGAAUCUUACCCUCAAAAUACUGCUGCAAAAUCAUUUGUCGGCACUGCUGAAUAUGUCUCGCCAGAACUUCUCAACCAAAAGGCAGUCACAAAGGCUUGCGACGUUUGGGCGUACGGCUGCAUCAUCUACCAGAUGCUCGCUGGACACCCUCCCUUUAAGGGCGACAAUGAAUACCAAACGUUUCAAAAGAUUGUCAAGCUUCAGUACUCUUACCCCCCACACUUUCCUACCGUUCUCCGCGACCUUAUCAAGCACAUUUUGGUCAUCGACCCAGCUCGCCGCUAUUCAAGUAGCCAUAUCAAAGAACACUCCUUUUUUGAUGGUCAGGACUGGUCUCGUACCGCCAUUUGGAAAACUCCUCACCCAAGACUUCUCCCUUAUAGACACCAACCACGAGCAAUCUCAAACCCAUUAUCGCGCAUCCCUAGACCAGGCACCAUUAACCCGAAUCUUAGAGCAAAGGCAAAUGGUAAUAGCCCUGGAGGAUCAGUUUACGGCCAAUCGGUUGCCCGCAGUAAGUCUUCAACCCCUCGUGCAUCAAAUUCAAGCCCAAAUUUGCUUAAUAUGGGUGCCUCUGCAGCAGCUGGUGCUGCUGCUGCCUUAGCAAAACCUCCUUCAUCAAUCAGCCCAUAUCCCACUCCAACACAGCAGUAUUCUGGUAAACCUAUACCUGUAUUUGUUUCCAACAAGCCUACUCCAAACAGCAGUAACAAUAAUGGAAACUCUCAAGUAUUUACUUCUUCUUCUUCUCAACAAGCACAAACAUCAGUGUCUGCAUCAAGGAAUAUUCCCAGAGUUCCUGUAGCGAGAAGUACAAAACCCCAACUCUCAAAUAUUCAAACUUCUAAAGCACCAACAGCAGCAGCAGCAGCAUCAUCAGCUCAACCUCCUCAAUCUCCCAUGUCACCAACACAACAACAAACUAAUAAUGGCAACAUAAAUAGCAGCGGGUCUGCUCCAGUCCCCAAACCAAUAGUGACUUCUUCUGUUCUUCCACCACCUCCUGUUGCAACAGCAUCUGUCUCUGCACCUUCUUCGCCAGUGACUACAGCAACAGCUGCUCCUGCUCUUGCUCUUGCUCCUCAAACAACAAAUACCCCGGUAGUUAAGCAAUUAGUGAUUCCACCUCUCUCUAACACUGACCGAGAAUUCCAGUCACUUUUGACUACUAAAGAAGAGCGUAUUCUUAAGAUUUCCAAUGUAACCAUGUCUAUUACCAGUGCCAACUCUGUUCAUCAACAAUCUUCCGAUGGCAAUGGCAGUAGUAGCAGUGGAAGCAAUGGCAAAAAGAGUCAAGAUGAUGGUACAGCUUACGAAGAAGAAUUUAACGGUCGCGAGCCAAGCCGUAUCUCUCGACUGUUUGCCGGUUCGCGCAAAAAGAAACGCAUUAUGUUUGUGACGACCUUGGGCCGGCUUGUUGUGAUAUCUUCGGUUGAAGAUAAAAAGGUUCACUUGGACAUUCGCGUUGUAGCACCGCAGGUUGUUGUACGCGAGUUUGCCCAUAAUCGUAAAAGCAAUGUGGGUGUGUUUGCGAUUGAGGCACAUAAUAAGGUUUUUACCUUUGAGGAUCCUGGUGGAUCUGCCGACUGGAUGGCUUCUUUUGCCAAAGCGCGAGAAUACGUGGAAAAUAUGGAAGCAGUCAAUGCAUCCAAAACUCACAUGACGGCAGCAGCGGCAGCCAUGGCGGCGGCGGCGAGCUCUGCACUACGGUCAGGGACUGUGGGUAUUGGCGGGAGCUCUGGAGCUUACUCGCAACAAUAUCCGCAGUCUUAUAGUGGACGAGCGUCAUCGGACCUUGAUGGAAUUGUGACUGAAAAUACAUCUAUGUUUUUGAGGAGACAUGAGGAGCGUAAACUACGAAAAAUCAUUUAA